ACACCAGAAGCCAAACGCCCCUUUCUCAGCAUGCAUUUGUCAAGGUGAGAAAAGCGAUUGUGCGAUUUAGAAAACAUUAUUUCUCUCAUAGCAACCUUCCAGGGUUGGAGUUUACAUGAAGAGGAGAAAGCGGGGCUGAUCUGGGGCUUGAACAGAAUCGUCUCCCUCCAUCUGGCCCUCACUCUCUCCGCCUCUUCAGACUGCUGCUCAUUUCCUCUCCUUUCAUCAGCAUGCUGUGCUGGGGGAACGCCAGGGAUGGGCAGCUGGGCAUCGGCGCAGAGAGGAACCCCGCGUUUGAGCCCAGGAGCUGCCAUGUGUUCAGCGGGCGGGGACUGAAGGAGGUCGCAUGCGGAGGGCAGCACACGCUGUUCCUGCUGCACGACGGCAGCGUUUACACGUGUGGCUCCAACUGCUGUGGACAGCUGGGCCACAACAGAGAUGGGACGUCCCCAGAGCUGGUUGGGGCUCUGGAUACCCAGAAGAUAACGAUGGUGUCGUGUGGCUGGGCGCAUUCGAUGGCCAUCAAUGAGCAGGGCCAGGUGUUCGCAUGGGGAGCCGGAGAAGGCGGGCAGCUUGGCCUGGGGACAGUGGAGGCGGCCGUUCGAAUCCCGAGGUUGGUCAAAAGGCUUUGUGACCACAGCAUCUCCCAAGUGAUGUGUGGGAACCAGCACUGCAUCGCACUUUCUAGAGAUGGGCAGCUGUUCACUUGGGGUCAGAACACCAGCGGCCAGCUGGGCCUGGGUAAAGGAGAGCCGAGCAAACUGACGCCUCAUCCCCUGAAGUCCCUGGCAGGGAUUCCCCUGGCUCAGAUAACUGCUGGAGGAGACCACAGUUUCGCCCUCUCCCUGUCAGGAGCCGUCUUCGGAUGGGGCAAAAACAGGGCAGGGCAACUUGGACUGAAUGACAAACAAGAUCGAGCCGUCCCAUGCCACAUCAAGUUUCUGAGGUCACAGAAGGUCGUUUAUAUCUGCUGUGGAGAUGAGCACACCGCGGCCCUCACAAAGGACGGAGGCCUAUUUACGUUUGGCGACGGCUCAUGGGGUCAGCUGGGUCACGGCUCCACCAACAAUGAGCUUCUACCGAGGCGAGUCCUGGAGCUGAUGGGCACUGAGGUUUCCCAGAUCGCCUGUGGCAGGCACCACACUCUGGCCUUAGUCCCGUCGUCCAGCAUGGUUUAUGCAUUCGGCUGCAACAGCCACGGCCAGCUGGGCACGGGAAUCUUGGGGGAUUCAAGAAGCCCGUUUCCCGUCAAGUCCAGCUUCCUGACUGGAAACCUGCAGAGAAGAGAUUCAAAGCAAUAUACAGUUAUAAAAAUCAUAUGUGGAGGAGACCACAGUUUCUUAUUGUACUCCAACGAACAGAGUUCUGCUGCCACAGAGGACUUCAGAGUGGUUAAUGUCAGUAAAAGCCUCGCCCCGAUCAACUACGAACAGUUAAACUCAUGGAGAUUAAAAAUGAUGUACAACACAGACUCUGCUGUGGCAAAUGACAUUGUGAUCCAGCUCUCCUCGACGGCCUGUUGGAACGCCAGCUUCCUGGACCAAAGUGAUGACACUCACUUCAAGACCAACCCAAAGAUCCCGGGUAUCGAUCUAAACUCGGUCAGAACGCUGUUCGAGGUUCUCAGCAAACCGGCCUUUUCUGGACUCCUGGAACAGGCCUCCAAGAGUUUUGAGAGCCUGCUGAUCCCCCAGCUGCCGCGUUCGCCGCCGGACGUUGAGGCCAUGAGGAUCUACCUCAUCUUGUCCGAGUACCCCGCCCUGCAGGACUCCAAGAACUACAUCCGCCUCACUAUUCCCCUGGCGAUGGCUAUUCUUCGGCUAGACGCCAACCCCAGCAAAGUAUUGGAUAACUGGUGGUGCUUCAUGGACGGCAGCUUCUUCACCAGAAUGGUCGACAUGUACAAACGCAUCGUUGUGUUCAUGCUGACGGGCGGCAAGACGAUCCUGGUACCAGUCUUCUACGAUAACUACUUCCUGGCCACGCUGCAGCUGCUGGAGAAACUCCACAAGGUAAACUUAAGGGCGAAUCACGUGGAGUACAGUCGCUUUUACAUCCCAGACAUCAGCAGCCUGGUGGACAUCCAGGAGGACUACCUCAAAUGGUUUCUGACUAAAGCUGACAUUAAAAUGGGCUCCUCCCCCUCACAGCAGAACGACUUUCCCUCAGUGAACCUCUGUGCCUUCCCGUUCAUCCUGAACGCCCAAGCCAAGACGACAAUGCUGCAAACAGAUGCUGAACUGCAAAUGCAGAUGGCCGUCAGCGGUGCAAACCUGCACAACGUCUUCAUGCUGCUCACGCUGGAGCCCCACCUCGCUAGGAACCCAUAUCUGGUGCUGCAUGUGCGCAGGAACCAUUUAGUCAGUGACACGCUGCGGGAGCUCACCAUGUACUCUGAUGUGGAUCUCAAGAAGCCCCUCAAGGUGAUCUUUGACGGUGAGGAAGCUGUAGACGCGGGCGGCGUAACUAAAGAGUUCUUCCUGCUGCUGCUGAAGGAGCUUCUGGAUCCUGUUUAUGGGAUGUUCACCCAUUAUAAAGACUCCAACCUGCUGUGGUUCUCUGACAAAUGUUUUGUGGAGCAGAACUGGUUUCAUCUGAUCGGGAUCGUCUGCGGUCUGGCCAUCUAUAACUCCACUGUGGUGGAUCUGCACUUUCCUCUGGCGCUCUACAAGAAGCUGCUGGACGUGUCGCCUUCACUGGACGAUUUCAAAGAGCUCUCGCCGACAGAAGCCAGGAGUCUUCAGCAACUUCUAGACUACGAAGGAGGAGACGUAGAAGAGACGUUUCUUCUUAACUUUGCUAUCACCAGGGAAAACUACGGGAUGACAGAAAUCAAGGAGCUGAUUCCUGGAGGAGAGAGCAUCGCUGUGGACAAAAACAACAGGAAGGAGUUUGUGGAGGCCUACCUGCGCUACGUGUUCUCCGACUCGGUGAGCGAACAGUACUCGGCCUUCUCCGCCGGCUUCCUGAAAGUGUGCGGAGGGGAGAUCCUGUCGCUGUUCCAGCCCUCUGAGCUGAUGGCCAUGGUGGUCGGGAACAACAAUUACAACUGGGAGGAGAUGGAAAAGAACGCCGUUUACAAAGGGGAGUACACCGCCACUCACCCGACAGUCCGACUUUUCUGGGAGGUUUUCCAUGAAUUCCCACUGGAGAAGAAGAAGCAGUUCUUAUUGUUCCUGACGGGAAGCGACCGCAUCCCCAUCCACGGGAUGGAGAGCCUCCGCAUCGUCAUCCAGUCCACCAUGGCGGAGGAGCACUACCUGCCCGUGGCUCACACCUGCUACAACCUGCUGGACAUGCCGCGCUACCAGACCAAAGAGACGCUGCGCCGCCGCCUGACUCAGGCCGUGGAGCAGUACGAGGGCUUCAGCCUGGUCUGAGGCGGCGCUGCUCCCCCGGGGGGCGCUCACGCACUUUAACGCGAGUAUCAGCAGGAGGAUGCUGGACGCACUCAGUGUUGAUUAGUAUCUUAAAUCUACAAAGGUCUAUCUGUAUAAAUGAUGUUUUUAUAUCGGGUUUUACGGCUGGAAAAUGUUUGAAACGAUGAGGGUUUGAUCAGUCGACGUUGAUAUUUGGAAAUAAGUCAUUCAAAUAAAGAGAUUGCUUUCUGAAAUUUGCAAAAUAACACAAAACCUUACCAAGUAUUUUUGGUUUGGUUUCUAGUGGAAAUGUCUGAGUUCACUUGAAAAAGACAAAACUAACUUACAAGUAACUUUUCAGCAAGAUGUUGGAGCUUGUUUUAAGUCAGUAAUGCCUUAAUAUUGAUUGAAAAGUUCUAGAUAAAUUUACUUUAAGAAGACAUUUUUUCCAUGUUAUAAGGCAGGGGUGUCCAAGUUGUGGGUCGUGGGCCAUUUCUGGUCCUUGGAGUAAUUUUGUGUGGCCAUAAUUGAAGUUCAAGAAUAGUACAAAUCUGGUUCUCUCUCUUUUUGUAAUAUGGGAAGUUUGUAACUACUUACAGUUUUCUUUUAUUUGUUGCUUUUAUUUAUUUUUACUCAGAAACUUGGGCACACCCUUCCAUUAUAUUUGUGUAAUCACAGUGAAUGUUUUAGAAGAAAAUAAUUUUUUUUUAUUGCUUGAAGGGGGAAAAACCCAAAACAUUUAUAAAUUGACAAAACUGAAAAUAAUUUUCAAGUUAAAUCACUGUAAACAUUAAGGCAAACCUCAUAUUAGUGUCUGUUUUUAUUCAAGUUUUACACAUUUAGUUUAUUGGUGUGCGAACAAAGGAUAAAGAAUUUACAAUAAUUGCUUUUUUAAUUGGGGAGAAAAAAGAUAAUUUUGGCUCCUGAGGAUUUUCAAUUAAGAGAUUUUAACCGUCAAGCCAGAAAUUUUUCAUCAAUUUUAAGGAAUAUUGACUUAAAAUAAGCUCCUGUAUCGUUCUAAAAUGUUAUCUGUAAGUUAGUUUUGUCUUAUUUCAUGUGUGUUAAGAUAUUUGCGCUAGAAAGUAGACAAAAAAUAACAUUUUGUGUAUUUGCAGAGUGAGAUCCGAAGAAUCAGAAGAAAUGUGAUUUUUUUGUUUCCUUUUUCAAAGCUGUGUAUUUUCUAUUCCUUAAAUUCUAUUUUUCACCUCUAAAGACUCACCUUGAGACACUAUAUUUGUUUUUGUUGUUUUAAUUUAUGAAAUAGAGUGUUUUUAUAUUUUGAUGAACAUGUGUGUCAACAGGACUUUGAAUCAAAUCUAAAAAAAAAGCCCUGAUCUUUGGGAGGGCGACAGUCACGCUGAUCCUUUAAAGUCCGAACAGCAGAAUUUUCUUCUGGGAAAAGAAAGGAGUCUCUGGCCGCUCAUCGCUCAUCUGACGCAUUUUAACCCGCAUUUAACGGCGCUGCCUUCUCCUUUCCGUAAGGACAUGAAGCUGACUUUUAGUCCCUGGUUGUCGUCUGUGUGCAUGUUGUUGGGUGAAACGGAUUCCAGCGACGACUCGCUCUCAUGCGUUGCAGUGAUGAAUGAACUCGAUAUUUUCACUCCAGUUUCCAGUCAUUCUGAGGAUUUAAAAAAAAAAUCUACUUCAUGUUUUAACUGGAGCGCAAGAAUCAAGGCAACUUUGAAGUAUUUCCCAAAAAUGUCAGAGUGAAAAAAUAAUCAAAUCUUAGCAUUAGUACAUGUAAUGAUUAGCUGCUGCAUUGUACGUUAGCAGCAGCUAAUUUGUAAUAAUUGAAUAAAUACAUAUUUUAAUGA